AUGACCACCCGCAGACAAGAAGAACUAAUUAAGUAUUGUAAAGAAAAAGGGAUACAUGUACAAGCAUAUUCUUCUUUGGGAACUAGUAGCAAAACUAAUCUUUUAAAAGACCCAACUGUAACAAUAGCUUCUCGACUUAAUGUAUCACCAGCUAGAUUACUUUUGAAGUGGGCUUUGCAACAAAACAUUGAUAUUAUUCCCAAAGCAGUAAAAAGAGAACAUAUAAGAGAUAAUAUACAACUGAAUUUUACCAUUGAUAAAGAAGACAUGAAAGUUCUAUCUUCUUUACCUCAACAUAAAUAUUGUUGGGAUCCAUCAAAUGUAUAUUAA